GAUUAUGUAGUAUUUCUGAACGUGCGUUUGUUUAUAGUUCUAAAUAUCAUGUGGUCUCGAGACUCGUUGUAAUUUUUUAUACUGCUACGGUGUUCAUGAAAUUUCAUGGAGACGUGUGAGUUGUGACUGUAUGAGGCCUAUGAUAUUUAAAUAUCUUUUUGGGAAUAGCGAAAAUUUGAUACUCAAUUUUCCUUUUGGGAUCAAACAUCCACACUCUCCGCACAAAUUUUAAUGACUUGCUGACUUGUAAGCAAAUGUUUUGGCAUUUAAUUGCAUAUUAUGAGAUUGGGAUAUGGUAGGUGGUCCAAUUGCUACUUUCAUAAGAGAAUUAAUGUUACCGAAUUUAAGAUGCAGUUCAUAAACGCUGCAAAAGAAGAAGAAGAAAAAGAACAAAGCUUCACGCCACGAUCACGAGUAAAGAUAGAGAGUGACACUAAAACUCGCGACUUUAACCAGACCUACAAGGUAGUUGGAUUUCGUCCAUGACUGUUUUUAUUUGGGCUACAAAUCCGAAAAGCCUAUUAGUAGCACAGGCCGAAGACUCGCUGUAAAUACACAUAAGUACAGCUCCUAAAGCUUGAUAGAAGCAACAACAAUCAGUCAAUGACAAUGAUGAACCUGUGUAUGAAAAACAGGUUUUCCCUCGGAUUUGAAGGUCAUACGCAUUUCAAUGUAAAUUUACAGAAAUAAUAUUUUACUAUGAGAGGAUUAUAAAAUAUAUAUAUAUAUAUAUAUAUAUAUUAGUUCUUUUAAAUUUUGGAACCAAGGCGGAUAAUAUCUAUUAUCUAUUUUGCUAUUUAAUCUAAUUGCAACAAGACAUAUUAGCCUCUGUUGUCUAUGUAUAAAGAGUUCUAAUAGUUGCACAAAAAAAACAAGAGUUCUAAUAAUAUCUCCAAGAAUUGACAACUCGAUCACAAUCAAACUUGUACAAAUCACUACUAAAUAAUAUAACGUACGAUCCCUUGUCUUCCUCUCUCACAAUUUCUAUACAGCAAAACCAAAAGUGGAUUCUAGGAGUGACUCUUCUCCUCUCUCUGCUUCAAAGGUUAAUAAAAGGAUUGAGCAAAAAAGAAAGAAAGAUAAGAAGCAAUGGCUAAUACUUUAUCCAUACCAUUCGGAGAUUAGCCACCAGACGAUAACAAUCUAAUGAUCUAUUCAAUGGAGAACCCUUCACACCUUAGGGGUCUAAUCAAGAAUUCAAGAUUCCAAUUCCAUAUCCCUUUCAAUUCUCCAAAUCUCCGACCAAGAUUCCAUCUAAUGACUUAGACAACACACAUUGAUCGUUGUACACAUACAAUGUCGAUGUUUCCCUCGUUCCAAUUACUAGAACUCAACAUAAUCUCCGCACAGGAACUAGCUCCCGUCUCCCGUAAAAUGAAGACUUACGCCGUGGCUUGGGUUCACUCCCAGCGUAAACUCACAACCCGCGUCGACUACACCGGCGCCGCGAACCCAACUUGGAACGACAAGUUCGUUUUCCGGGUCAGCGAGGAUUUCCUCUACGCAGAUACUUCAGCCGUGGUAGUCGAAAUCUACACAUUGCAUUGGUUCCGCGACGUUCACGUCGGCACAAUCCGUGUCCUCAUCAGCAACCUAAUCCCGCCAAAUCGUCGACCUGGAUACCGAAGCAACGAAGAGUAUCGCCAUACUCCACCUCUCGGGAUGAGAUUCGUGGCGCUUCAAGUUCGCCGGCCAUCUGGUCGACCUCAGGGGAUAUUGAACAUCGGUGUGGGCAUCCUUGACGGAUCUAUGCGAAGUUUGCCGCUUUACACGCACAUGGACUCUUCUGCGGUUGGUCCCAAAGACUUGCUGGGCGAAGAGGAGCCGUAUUUGCAUCUUAACAGCUUCAAAGGGAGCUUCAAGAAUCCGCAAUCUCCGUCGUCGAAACAGUACCAAUCCGUAGUCUCGAAACCACCGAUGCUCCGCCGAACGAGGAGUGAUACGAGCUCGAUGGUUGUUUCCGAUCUUUUAAGCAGAGCUGAGCGGCGCCGUGUGGCUAAUACCAAACCUGUGAGCAGCAAUUCGGAAACUACGCCUACUACGUCGGGACACCACACGACGACGACGGAUUCCGAUGAUAACAACUCUCCUUAUGAAACUCCUAACAUUCCUAGGGAGAGAUACGAUUCGUUCGAGCUAGAUUUCGUGGAUCAAUUAAGCGAGAACAACGAUGUGAUGCCGCCUAGAAGCGAGAGAUACGACGAUGAGUCGCCUUAUCGAUCGUAUGAUCAUUCACGCAAAACUCCGAGAAGAACGCCAAAGCCGCCGCCGAGGGACUAUGAUCGUGGCAGCAAUCGCGAUUCCCCGUACUUGUCGAAGCACGGAACGCCGUUGAGAUCGAACAUCGUCGCGUCUACUCCGAUCAGAUCUAACAUGGUUUCAUCUAGUCCCAUGCGAUCCACAGGCGUUCGAUCGACGCCGUUACGAUCUAACAUCGUCGGAUCUACUCCGAUCAGAUCUAACAUGGUUGCAUCUAGUCCUAUGCGAUCUAAUAUCGUCGGAUCUACUCCGAUAAGAUCUAAUAUCGUCGGAUCGACUCCGAUUCGAUCUAACUACAGAUCAACACCGAUGAGAUCUAAUUUAGCAGGGCGAUUGAUUUUAACCGAAUCGGAGUUAGUUCCGUCAUCUUCAGAAGUAGCGAAUAAGAAGGCGAAAGAGAGAUCGCAAGCCAACGACACUGAGAGUUCGAUCCUCAGCGAGUGGAGCCUCGACGACGAUAGCAACAUUGAAGGUCUCCGCUCGAAACUCGAGCGAUGGCGGAUGGAGCUUCCUCCGCUUUACGAUCUUGGAUCAAGUCAUCAAAGCAGCGAUGUAGGGAGGGAGAUUGUUCCUGUAUCGGCAAAUGGAGGCGGAGGGAAAAGCUCGAGGCGGAAAACUCCGACGGUGAGGAAGAAGGAGAAGCAUAACCGCCGGCACACCGAGGGAGGAAACGGUCUUUUCUCGUGUUUUAGUAAUCUCUGCGGUGUUGAAUGCACUUUUGUUUGUGGAGGCGGGUCGGAUCAUGACGGGUCGAAAAGGAAAGGUGGGUCCAAGGGUCUGCCUCGUUUAGCCUCAUCCGCUGAUGAUUUGAGUUAUUUGUAAUUUUUUCUUACAUUUUUAGAUUUAGAUCAAUUAUAAUAUGUCAAAACAAAAUAGACUGACCAAUAUCCUCUUUUUUUUGGAGAGUACAGUAUGUGAAUGAAAAAAAUUGUGAAUAAUUUAUUCAAUCCUAUUUUAAAUGUCACAGAAAAAAAUAUUUUAUGGUCAUUUUUAAAAUUCGUUCAAAAAAUAAUCAAAAAGCAUAUACAAAUACCAAAUAUUAAAAUAAAUAAUAGGAAGUGAGAAUGUUCUUAGAAUAAUUUCAGUAUUUUAACUUACCAUCUAGACUUGAUUUUGAUAAUAUUUUAACAAACUUUAGUUAGUUAAUUAAAAUUCAAUAUCUUUUGAAAAUGUGAACCAUUAAGUAUAAAUACAUGUUAAAGGAAAUUUUCAAAGACAUCUGGAGUUUUUAUUUGGAGUACUAUUUACUGUUUCUUAUAUAUUUUAAUAUAUUUUUUUAGUGAUGAGUUUUAUUAGAUAUCUUGCA